UUCCGCGCCAUCUAAACGACAGUAAUCACUCACUGUCUGAAAUUUUUCCCCCUUUUGGUUUCAAUUUUUUUCCUUAAACCCUCAAAUAAAAAAAUUAGGGUUUCUCUUGUUCUUCACGAAAUUGGGAUUUGUUUUCUAGUUGUUAUGAAAAGAUGAAUUUGAUUUCCAAAUCAUUGACAAGAAUCGAAAUUUCGCCAUUUUUCCAUCCCGGAGCUUCAGAAAUCACUACCGGAAAACGGAUAACCUCUCCGCAAAUCCGCUUUUACACUGCGGCGGCCGGCGGCGGGAGCACCGGAAAUGGCGUAAAGAAACAAAGAGCCAAACCACCGAAGAAAACUCCGGAGGCAUUGACACCUGUGAAAACGCCGGAAAUUGCGCCAGUCACGGCGACGAAGCGGCCAAAUGAGAUAGCUUACGAGACUGAAGUAGCGAAUUGGGUGAAUCUGAUUGGAUUUGUUGAUCAACCAGUUCAAUUCGAAGCUUCUUCUGAUGGCAAAUUCUGGGCUGGUACUGUUAUUUCCCAGAGGUCUGCUUCAGAUUCCUCUGGUUUCUGGAUUCCGAUAAUAUUUGAAGGUGAUUUAGCUAAAACCGCAGCUCAAAAUAUAAAUAAAGACGAUCAAAUUCAUGUUUCUGGGAAGCUUUUUAUAGAUUCUCCUCCUCCAAAUAUGACUUAUGCACAAGCCAAUGUUCAGGUGUUGGUCCAGAAUCUUAACUUUAUACAGCCUAUGUCCCCGUCUCCGUCGCCACUUAUGGUUAUGUCAUCAUCUGAAAAGGAAGAAAGUGGCAUCAAGAAGCAGCCUGCUAGAGCUAAGAAGGAUAUAGUCAUUGAUGAAGCUUCAGAUUCUUGGAAUCACCUCAUUGAGAAUCCUAAAGAAUGGUGGGAUCACCGGGAAAAUAAAGUCAACGGAUUGGUAAAACCAAGGCAUCCUGAUUUCAAAAGCAAGGACAGUAGUCUCUCACUGUGGCUCAAUAAGGCUCCUAAUUGGGUUUUGCCGAAACUCGAAGGACUCAAGUUUGAUGUUCUAGUCCCUAAAGGCAGAGUUGUAAAACAGCUUAAAGGAGAAGAAUCAUGGAAGGACUUGGUUCAAAACCCGGAUAAAUGGUGGGACAAUAGAAUUGACAAGAGAAAUGCAAAAGCCCCUGAUUUCAAGCAUAAGGAGACAGGAGAAGCACUGUGGCUAAACGAGUCUCCUACUUGGGUAUUACCGAAACUGCCACCAGUCAAGAAGAAACAAGAAAGUAUUGUCUGAUGAAAAAAAAAAAAAAAAAAAAAAAACAAGAAAGUAUUGUCUAGUAGCUUUAGAAAGUCAGAAACAUUAUCUCCAUGUAAAGAGCUCGAAUUGGUGUUUACAAAAUUCAUCAUUUCUAUUCUA